AGUGCUACUACAUAGUACUGCAAAAUCCGUUCCUAAAACCAACGACUUCUAACAUCCUACGCAAGCUUGAAAAGGCAAUUAUUGUUACGACGCAGAGGGUUACCUCCUAAUGAUUAAGCCCCUUACUAUACAUGGGUUCUCCUCCUGUCCGGAAUUAAAGCACUGAAAUGCAUAAAAGCCGUUAAGGCCUGGUGUUUUACCGCGACCUUACAAUAGGUGAUAGGUGAAUACCUAGUGUUAGUAACUAGGUAGUGACGUAAACAUUAAGCAGGGCAGAUCGCGAAUAUAAACGUCGUCACAGAUCACGACCACUGCGUUUGAGCAAACAACGACAUCGACCAUCCUAGGGACAUCGCAUUCUUCUUUUUCAGAAUUUAAAACUCAAUCAAACAUUUCCAAAUAUACACCUAAUACAUAAUAAAAUAUGCCCCAAGUCGUUGGCAAAGAAGUAGGCCCUGUUGGCUUUGGCCUCAUGGGAUUGACCUGGCGAGCCCACCCAUGCCCCCAAGAGCAAGCUUUUGAGGCAAUGCGUACAGCACUCAAAAAUGGAUGUAACCUUUGGAACGGCGGCGAGAUCUAUGGUGCGCCCGACUACAAUAGUUUAGUGCUCCUAGAAAGAUACUUUGAAAAGUACCCUGAAGACGCCGAGAAGGUGGUCAUCUCCAUUAAGGGUGGCGUGAGCCCUACAACUCACCAUACAGACGGCUCACCCGAGAACACGCGCCGCUCUAUCAACGACAGCAUAGCCCAGCUCAAGGGACGUAAGAAGAUGGAAUUGUUCGAGUUUGCUCGCCGGGAUCAGAAGGUACCGAUGGAAGUCACUUUAGAUGUUAUGAAUAAGGAGUUCGUCCAGACAGGCAAGAUCGGAGGCAUCUCUUUGUCAGAAGUGCGAGCCGAGACGAUCCACGAAGCUGUCAAGCACACUAAAGUCCACGCCGUAGAAGUGGAACUCUCGCUGUUCUCAACCGACGUACUGGAGAAUGGUGUAGCAGCCGCCUGUGCCCAGUAUGGGAUUCCAAUGAUCGCAUACUCGCCGAUCGGCAGGGGUAUGUUGACGGGUCAGAUCAAAAAAAUCGAAGACAUCCCGGAAGAUUCAAUGCUGCGCUUCUUUCCUCGGUUUCAGCCGGGGAACUUCGAGACCAACCUGGAGCUGGUCCGCCAGGUCGAGGAGCUGGCCAAGAAGAAAGGCUGCACACCAGCUCAGCUCGCCAUCAACUGGACCCUGGCGAUAUCGAAGCGCCCCGGGAUGCCGACUAUUAUCCCGAUUCCCGGUGCUACGACGGCGGCGCGGGUGAAGGAAAAUAGCAAGCUCGUAGACAUCACGGAUGAAGAGAUGGCCGAGAUCGACGCUACCUUGUCCAAGUUCAAGACAGCUGGUGAACGAUACCCCGGUAGCAUUCCUAUGAACACGUAAAUAUAUAGGAGUAUUGCCUACGGGAUGGUAGCCAAAAUUAUGAGAAAUACAUUUCUUAUGUACAUGUUAGUUAUAACCUAGGCGGAUAUAGCAUAGGUAGUUGAGCGGUAGUAACCCUUGGGUACCUAGGUAUAUGUAUAGUGAUGAAUAAAGAAUCUACAUGUA